AUGGAACGUCUAUUUCUUUCUAUCCUUGUUAUAGGAAUUAUCGCGGCUCCUAAGGCAUUGCCACCACCGAGGUCAUUAAGAAGUUGGGCACGCCUCACAGUUUCAUUAAGCAGAAUUUACUUCAUUCAGAUCAAAAACUACGCUUCAAAGCUCGGGACACUCGAAGGAACUGUCAAGUCUAUAAACCAUUCUGGCCAACUCCAAUACAAUUUCACCCUUUCAAACGCCGACUGCCAAAAGGUGAGCUUGGCUCAGAUUAGCAGCUUUAUCCAAUUAAUAGAAAAAAUAACUAUUUCUACAACAAUAUUUUCGUCUCAUCAGAAUUUUUUCUAG